AUGAAGAUAGUGAAUCAACUAAGUGAAACUGAUCGAUUUUUCCAGCAACAUCCAGAUGCUAGUAUGUGUUUGGGUGCUUCUGCAAUACAAAAGUGCACUGCGGCUAUAAGGAUGUUAGCAUAUGGCUGCGCAGCUGAUCAAGUUGAUGAGUACCUCAAGAUUGGGGCAACUACGGCUAGGCAUUGUAUCACGCACUUCGUUGACGGAGUGAUUCGUGAAUUCUCAGCAAAGUACUUGAGGAAACCAACCCCUGAAGAUAUGAAUCGCCUUCUAAGAGAAGGAGAGGAAAGAGGUUUUCCUUGUAUGUUGGGAAGUAUCGACUGCAUGCAUUGGGAGUGGAAAAUUAUCCAGCGGGGUGGAAAGGGAUGUAUCAAGGGCGGUAAAAAAACGACGACGGUUAUCUUAGAAGCUGUUGCAUCUUGGGAUUUAUGGAUAUGGCAUGCCUUUUUUGGAACACCUGGAUCGUGCAACGAUAUAAAUGUCCUUCAACGUUCACCCGUCUUUGACGACAUUUUAAAUGGUCUUGCUCCACAACUUCAGUUCACCGUGAAUGGAAAUACUUACAAUCAAGGGUAUUAUCUCACAGAUGGGAUCUACCCAAAAUGGGCAAAUGCACCUCAAACCCCUAAACAACGAAUGUUUACUACCAAACAAGAGCGUAUUAGAAAAGAUGUAGAACGUGCAUUUGGAGUGUUGCAAGCUCGAUUUGCCAUAAUAAGGCGUCAUGCUUUGGCAUGGAGUAUCGAAAUGUUGUGGAAAAUUGUUAUGGCGUGUAUUAUCAUGCACAAUAUGAUCGUGGAAGAUGAGAGCGAUAGUUAUCUUAACUAUUGGGAUCCUAAUGAGUUUGCUACUGAACAACCCGAGUAUUUAGCGGGAACUUCAAACCGAAGAGCAACGACAUUCACCGUAACCCCGUGCUACCAAAAUCCUAAUCUAACCACAUUAAUGGCAAUACCAUAA